AACUUGCUUGUUUUUUUUGUUAAGUAAAUGGUUACUUUAGAUCCCGUAUUCCUGUAACUUGUGGUUUUGCAAAUCAGGAUGAAGCCUCUCUAGUCUUUACAUGGUACCACCAGAACCAUGUGAACAUGUGCAUGUUAAUGUGAGCCGUCCCCUCGCUCCAUCCAGGCUCCAGUCAGUCAGUCAGUACUCUGCAGUCAGGCCGAGGGGAGCCGGACUUGAGUGAUCUCAACCUGAUCUUUGUCCGCCCAAAAACAACUACAUUGCUUCCGGCGUGGACUUCAAUGCUAAACACUCUCUUUUGUGAUUGCACGGCGAAGUGGGAGGACGCGUUGACAAUUUGUUAUGUUGAAAUCUGAGAGAAGGGAACCGGGGCGGGUGAAGAAGAGAAGAAGGAGACACAUGGGAGAGGAGUGAUGACGAAAAGUUGAUCUUUGCUUCUUAUCGCCGCACCAAUCAAGCAAUGGAGCUCAAUGGAUAGACUGUGGGGUUUCUGAAAAGUCAUCACGCUUAUUCAACUUUUUUGUGUGGCUAGGGAGGCAAGGUCACCAGGACGAGGAUUCUUUCAUUGCACAAGCAGGAUAUCGGCGUGGUUUUUGGGGGGAGAAAAUGCUGUGGUUCUUGACAGCUUUAAACCUUUGGUGGACUUUGUUCACGUGCAGCUUGAGCCCAAGUUGUGCUCAAGACAAGGCGGGCUAUUUGGUGGCUGCUCCCUCUGUUUUUCGGGCGGGAGUGGAAGAGAGCAUCAGCGUGACCAUCUUUAACGCCAAGGCGGAAACGCACGUGCAGGUGCAGCUGUCCGUGAAGGGACAGACGGUAGCGCACAGUCAUGGCUUGGUGCUCGACAAAGGCACCAUCAAGCUGAAGGUUCCCUCUGGGCUGAGAGGCCAGGCUCAUCUGAAGCUGUGGGGGAACCGUCACCUCACAGAGGGAGGUUACAUCUUCCACAACUACACCACCGUCACAGUAGAGAACAAGGGCACGGCUGUGUUCAUCCUGACCGACAAGCCUGUCUACAAACCCAAACAAAAAGUGCUCAUCAAUGUCUACACGGUGACACCUGACCUGAGGCCUGUUAAUGACAAGGUUGAGGCUUAUAUUCUGGAUCCAAGGGGAUCCAGGAUGGUGCAGUGGAAGGGUCUUAAAUCUAUCUGCUGUGGGAUUGUCAACAUGAGUUUCCCGCUGUCGGACCAGCCUGUGUUUGGAGAGUGGUUUAUCUUUGUGGAGGUGCAGGGCCACACAUACAAUAAAUCAUUUGAAGUGCAGAAAUAUGUCAUGCCCAAGUUUGAGUUAGUAAUCGAACCACCUCGUUACAUCCGUGAUCUCAACACAUGUGAGCAGGCUACCGUCCGGGCUCGGUACACGUUUGGAAAAUCAGUUUCGGGGAAGUUGACUGUCAACAUGACAGUAAAUGGAGUGGGCUACUAUCGACAUGAAAUGGGCCAUCCUGUCAUCAAAUCCAUGGAGAUUAAAGGAUCGGCCAACUUCAGCCUGUGCGUAAAAGACAUGAUGCCCCUGGAUGUGGCUGACCACUUCAGGGGCACCGUGAGCAUCUGGGCCUCACUCACCAGCACGGAUGGAAGCCGGCAAACCACCUUUGACGAUUCCACACCGGUCCAUAAGCAGCUUAUUGACAUUCGCUACUCCAAAGACACACGCAAACAGUUCAAGCCAGGUCUGCCUUACAAAGGCAAGAUUGAGGUGACCUACCCUGAUGGAAGCCCAGCUGAUGGUGUGCGGGUACGAGUGAAGGCGGAGCUGACCCCAAAAGACAAUGUCUACACCAGUGAACUGAUCUCCAUUGACGGCCAGGCCACUUUUGAGAUCCCCUCAAUCCCAACUGCGGCCCAGUAUGUAUGGCUAGAGACAAAAGUGACUUCGAUCGAAGGGAAGUCAGUUGGGGACCAGUACCUGCCAAACUACCUGUCCAUCAGUAGCUGGUACUCUCCUAGCAGGUGUCACAUCCAAAUCCAGGCCCCCGACGCACCACUCAAGGUCGGUCAAGAGGCAGAAGUGGCUCUCAAAUCCACAUGUCCGUGCAACUUUACCCUGCACUACGAGGUGGCCUCAAGGGGCAACAUUAUCAUCUCAGGCCAGCAGCUGGCCAACCUCACCGCCUCCCACAGAGGAAAAAGAGCCACGGUCACUUUUGACAAAAAUAUCCACACCACCCGUUCGCCUGUGUCCACCUCAGGUUAUUCCUCACAAACCAAGAUGGACAGCUGCGUGUCGUACCUACGCUUCCCCGUCAGUUACACCAUGGCGCCGCUCAGCCGCCUGCUCGUCUACUACGUGAGGGAGAACGGUGAGGGUGUCACGGACAGUGUGCAAAUCCCCAUCCAUCCCACUUUUGAGAACAAGGUGUCUAUCUCCCUGUCCGCCAAUGAGUCCAUGCCAGGUGACCCCCUGACUGUGAAUGUCCAUGGAGAGAGGGGCUCCUGUGUUUGCGUGGCCACUGUGGAUAAAAGCCUUUACUUGUUAAAGCCGGACUUCCAACUGACUCCUGACAAGGUGUUCAAAGAACUGGCAGACUUUGACGUAUCCGACGCCAUUGGCAUACCGAAAGAUGACGGACACUUUUGGUGGCCUGGGUUGUUGUCAAAGAGACGCAGGCGUUCAUCUGUGUUUCCGUGGCACUGGGACAUCACUAAGGAUGCGCGCUUUGCUUUCACAGAAACCGGCCUUGUAGUGAUGACUGACGUGGUGAGUUUGAACCACCGACAGAGUGGAGGCAUGUACACCGAUGAGGCUGUUCCUGCUUUUCAACCACACAGUUCUACCUUAGUGUCUGCCACGCACUCUCGCAUUCUUAUCAGACCUGAGAAGCGGAGGCGUACAUUCUUUCCGGAGACAUGGGUGUGGCACUGCUUCAAUAUCAGCGCUGAAACAGGCGAAGCCGAGCUGCAACUGGAAGUGCCCGAUUCCAUCACCACAUGGGUCACAGAAGCCAUCGGCCUGUCGACAGAGAAGGGGCUGGGUUUGGCAAAGAGAACGGAGCUUCGCACCUUCAAGUCCUUCUUUGCUGACUUCACGUUGCCUUACAGUUUGAUCCGAGGGGAGCAAACCAAAGUUCCACUGACCGUAUACAACUAUCUACCCACAUGUGCUGAGGUUCACAUUAAAGUGACGGUUCCGAAGGGCAUUAAGUUUAUUGGUCAUCCAGGAAAGCACCACCUCACCAGGAAGAAAUGCGUGGCUCCUGGGGAAGCCACACCGACCAUCAUCGUGUUGGCUUUCAGUGAACUAGGCCCUGCAAACAUCACAGCCCGGGCCAUUGCCUACAGUGAACCAAACUGCUGUUCAGACACACCCCAAUCAGGCAAAACAGGAAACGAUUUGGAGGAAAGAAGGUCACCCACUGGCCUGGAUUUUGUUCGUAGGACUGUCCUUGUGGAGCCAGAAGGUCUGCCCAGAGAAUAUACCUAUAGUGUCUUCUUCUGUCCCAAUGAGAGAAUCCACAUCUCAACCCCCAACAAGUACGAGUACCAGUACGUGAAGAAGCCAGCCAAGAUGAACCAUUUCCAGGUGGCCGUGAAGACGCACAACGAUGCCCAUUUUGCCCUCUCCCCCACACCCCACGACAGCGCAGAGAUGAUUGAGAUUGUACUCGGGGGAAGGCAGAACUCCCGCUCCUGGAUCUCCUUGGGCAAGAUGGGCGAGGCACUCGUCAGCGUCCCCACACCAGGCAUCCUCUCCUGGGACGAGUUUCGCAGCUUCUGGAUCAGUUGGAAAGGAAGUCUGGUGCAGGUGGGCCAUGGUUUAUAUCCGUCCAAUGCAUCAGUAAUCCUUCAGUGGUCUGGCACAACCCCUUCACAGAUUCGACACAUAGGCUUCUCCACGGGCUGGGGCUCGGUUGGAGAGUUUAAAAUCUGGAGAAAAGAAGACUCGGAUGAGAACCACAAUGAAGCUUUCACUCUGGGGGUCCCACACAACAUGGUGCCUGGGUCUGAGAGGGCCAAUGCAUUCAUGAUUGGGGAUGUCAUGGGACCAACGCUGAAUAAUCUGGACAAGCUGCUGCGACUGCCGUUCGGGUGUGGGGAGCAGAACAUGAUCCACUUUGCACCCAACGUUUUUGUGCUCAAAUACCUCCAGAAGACCCGACAGCUCAGCCUGGAGGUGGAGAAUGAGGCCAUAGAUUACCUGUUGCAAGGUUACCAGAGACAACUGACCUACAAACGUCAGGAUGGAUCCUACAGCGCUUUUGGAGAAAGGGACUCCUCUGGCAGCAUGUGGUUGACAGCGUUUGUACUGAAGUCCUUCGCUCAAUCUCGAGGUUUCAUCUUCAUUGACCCCGAGGAGCUCCGCGCAGCCAAAUCCUGGCUCAUCAAGCAUCAGCGAAAUGAUGGCUCCUUCCCAGCCAUGGGGCGGAUCCUCAACAAAGACCUACAGGGUGGGAUCCAUGGGAAGAUCUCCUUGACGGCUUAUGUGGUGGCAGCACUCCUGGAAACGGGGAUAACAACAGAUGAAGAGAAGGUGGCAGUGGUCAGAGCCAAGGAUUUCCUGGAGACUAACAUCUACUCUGCUGACGACCCUUACACUACAGCCCUGUCCGCCUAUGCCUUGGCUCUACUGCGCAGCGCUAACGCACCCCUUGCCCUACGCCGCCUCAACCACAUGGCCAUUACACAAGAUGGGCUCACCCACUGGAGCUUGACAGGUAGCACAAUGACAGAGGAAGACACUUUCAUGGGUUUCAGCGAUGGCCUCUCCCAGUCAGUGGUGUCAGCAGAGGUGGAGAUGACAGCUUAUGGACUUCUCACCUACACCCUCCUCGGGGACGUGGCUUCAGCCCUGCCUGUGGUCAAAUGGCUCUCCCAGCAGCGGAACGCUCUAGGCGGUUUCUCUUCUACACAGGAUACGUGUGUCGCCCUGCAAGCGUUGUCCGAGUACGCUAUUCUAUCCUAUGUUGGGGGGGUCAACCUCACCAUCUCAUUGGCCUCUACGAACCUGGACUUUCAGGAGACCUUUGAACUCAACAAGGACAACCAGAAACUCCUUCAGUCUGCCAAGAUUCCUAGCAUUCCCACGGGGCUUUUUGUGAGCGCCAAAGGAGAGGGCUGCUGCCUCAUGCAGGUUGAUGUUUCCUACAACGUACCCGACCCAGUAUCGAAGCCGGCUUUCCAGCUCAAGGUGGACCUCAAAGAGCCUCUCCAUGGACGCCAUCUACAGCCACCUCUGUCCACCUCCUCCCGUUAUCCCACCUCACGCUCCCGGAGCCGCGCUGACAACCGCUCUGAGCUCAACCGCAAGCGUCGGGCGCCUAUCGACGACGACGACCCCGCUGCUCACCAGGACAAAAUGGACUUUCACAUCUCCUUAGAAGUUUGCGCCAGGUGGCUUCAUUCAGGCUCCUCCAAUAUGGCUGUCAUCGAGGUCCCCAUGAUCUCCGGUUUCAGAGCAGAUGUUGAAAGUCUCGAGAGGCUGCUGAUGGACAAGCGUGUGGGUCUGAAGAGGUACGAGCUCAAUGGCAGGAAGGUGUUGUUCUACUUUGAUGAGAUCCCCAGCCUGUGUAUGACAUGUGUGGCCUUCCAAGCUGUCAGGGAAUACAUUGUGGGCAAGACAGCACCUGUUCCGGUCAAGAUCUAUGACUACUAUGAACCAGCCUUCGAAGCCACGCGCUUCUACAACGUCAGCGAGAGCAGCACACUGGCACGGGAGCUGUGUGACGGACCCACUUGCAACGAGGUGGAGAGUUCCACCAAUCACUGGACAGGUUUUGUGCAGGCCCACCAGUGCAACAAUGUGUACGGCUGCUUGGAGGAGGAGCAGUUUGAACGAUGCACAUGCUACAGAGACUGCGGUUACGACGGGGAGCCGGUCUGUGGGUCCGACGGACAGGUCUACCAAAACCAGUGUCAGAUGGAGGUGUUUUCCUGUAGGAACGGGACGCGCAUCAAGCAGGUCCCUAUGGCCCAUUGUCCUCAUAUGAAGACCAAGGGAGAGGACAAGCAGCCAACAGCGAGCCAGGAGACUGAGCAGCCCUCAGUGCCUCUACACACAGCAGCUGAAGAAGAGCAGGGCUCAAUGGCCGACGUAUCCUAUUACACCUACGACUACGACCCGGACUCAGAGCCUUUUCUCGCCAACGCGGAUGCCCGGGACUCUUUUGACGUAACCCAAGCUGACCAAGAUGCAGCACAGCACAUCCUCCUGCCAGCAGAGACCCAAAUCCCCACAGUGGACACAAGCCCUGAACGAUGAAUUGCCAGAGUGAAGCCAUACUUCAAACGUCCACAUUGUACAUUAAUUGUGAAUAUGAAAGUGAAGAGAGACUGUUGCGUGUGUGUGCGUGUGUGUGUGUGUGUGUGUGUGUGCUCUCCUCCCAAGCCAAUAAUAGGCACCAUAGCAUCAUUAUUCUUUAUUCACUCUGCUGCCCGCAUAAUCACUAGAACCCAAAAGUAAUAAUCAUGUAUUUAUGUUUGUAAGUACAGCUGACAUUAAGCUAAAAUAUUGUGUUCUAUUUUCUAUCUGUGGUAUUUAUUUGUAGCUAGAUGUCAUAGCACCCUGUUACCCUACAGUCCAUUGUUUUGGGUUUUAUUAGCAAACUUUUAAUAAUACGGUUUUGUUUGAUGGAAGACAAGUCAUGCUUUACAGAUACAUAAGCUGAAAUAUUUUAGCAGACGUUGUUUAAAGGCACCAAAAAGUCCCUGGCGGACUUGUUGAACCCACACACUUUUCGCUUUGCCGGGUGAACUUGUACCUGACACAAAGUCGACAGUACUUCGCUCCAUUCCUUUUGAGAUUUGAUUGUACAGUUCAUAAGCUAUUUUGUGUUUGUUGCAUUUUGAGUCAUGAUCAAAAAAAAAUUCAAGAAGAAUGAAGUCUUUCAAUUGCUGUAAAUGUUCCAAAUUGUGAUGAUAUUGUAGCGACUUGUAUUCAUAUCGGAUAUUGAUGUUUUUAAAUAAAUGAAUUAAAAAGUGUA